ACAAUAAAAGAAUUUUUUCAAAUAUAAAUCUGGCAACAGUAAUGUAGUAAUAAUUGCAGAAGGGUUUUCCCCUUGUGAUUUGAAUGUGAAAAUCGGAUUUUUAUAUUUAGAGGAUUAUGAACAUGUUCGAGGUUGAGUAUGAUAGCUACCGAGGUAGAUAUUUGACAGCAAGUGAAGAAAUACAAGCUGGAACAGUGAUUAUUCACGAACAUUCCUUUUCUGCCAUCAUAAUAUCGAAAAAGACAAGUGAUCGAUUUAUUUGCUGUCAUUGUUUCAAGGAGAUUUUCACUACACCUGUACAAUGUUUCGGAUGCGAUGAUGAACUUUAUUGUUCAAUUGCUUGUAAGCUUUCAUCAUGGAAAUCACAUCAUUGGAUGGAAUGUUUCAUGAGCAGUCUCUUAGGAAAGAUGACCACUGAGCUGAAGCUUGCAUUCAGAAUAAUUUUGGUGGCAGCCCACUCAUUGUUUCGUGAAGAAAAUUGCCAGUCUAUUCAUAAUGUUUGUAAAGACAUGUUUCAGACUGGUUCAACGUCUAAAAAACAAAAACAAGCUACCUCCUUAAUAAAGUCAUGUGAUGAAAAUUACUGGAGCAUUUAUUCGUUACAAAGACACGAAAAUGAGAAAGCUAUAAAUGAACAAUAUUUAUCAAUGAAAAAUGAUAUAAGAAUGUUAACGAAAGUUCUUUUAAGUAUCAUUUCAUUAUACAAUAACCUUGGCGAUUUCUCUUUUCCUGGGAAGGAUAUUGAACACAAUAUUGGAAGUACCUUCCUGUAUUCAUUAUUCAAAAAAUUAAAUUUUUCUUCAUAUUAUGAGAACCCUAACUUCGAUAUUCGAUUAUGGAAAUCUCACAUAAUGAGCUCAUGUGAUCCUGCAGGCUCAAAAAAAGGUUUCUUUCCAAACCGAUCAAUUGAGGACAUAUUUUCUGGAAAACCAUUAACCGAACAAGAUUUACUGGAAAGAUUGCUCGUUCACCAUUUAUUACAAUUGAGAACAAAUACGCAGGCAAUAUUCAAGAUUUGUGAAGAAAAGGGGGUGCAAGGAGUCCAAAAUAUAGAGCAAAAGCGAAUUGCAUCUGCUUUAUUUUGCAAGACAAGUCUGAUGAAUCACAGUUGCUCACCUAACACUACAAUUUCUUUUGAUGGCCUAACAAUCACGGUAUCUGCCUCUAAAAUCAUCAAAAAAGGUGAAGAAAUUUGUCAUUGUUAUGGACCACAUUGUAGUAGGCAUGAUGUGAAAGAGCGACAAAGACUUUUGAAAGAGCAGUAUUUUUUUACUUGUUCUUGUGAAGGCUGUGCAUCGGAUUUAAAAGAUGACAGUGAACAAUCAAGUUUCAAGGUGCAGUUUCAUGCUUUUAAAUGCAAGUAUUGUGGAGAUCCUGUAAAGCCAGGAAAAGACGGUAGUGGUACAUGCAUAAACAGCAAUUGCAAUAAAGUGCAGGAUCUAAGGCAGUCUAUAUUGUCAUAUAAGAAAUGCCAGUCAAAGAUGGAGGAGACAUGCAGUGCAUUGAAUAAUGGAAAUUGCAAAAAUGCGAAACCCGAAUUAUUGGAAUGUUUGAAACAAGCAAAUAAGUUACUUUAUCACAAUCAUAUUGAUAUUGGAAAACUUCAUGAUAAAAUUGCUCAAUGCUUUGUAAUGGAAGGAAACUAUACAUCUGCAUUGCCCCAUUUAACCAAGAGCAUAGCCAUUAUUGGAAUGCUUCAUGGCACACGAAGCAUUGAAAUGGCACACGAAUUACAGAAGCUGGCAUCCCUGUAUUUUAAUAUGGGGAAUAUAAAUCAUGCUGUUACGAAUGCUAAGAAAGUUAUUUCAAUAUAUAAGAUCUGUUGUCCGGGAACAGAGACCAUGCAACCGGGAUUUGAAGAUAUGGUGCAAAUUGUAAAAACAUUAGAAAAAUGAUAUUUUUAUGAGAAUAUUUUUAAUGAAAUGUAUUAAAUCUUCGCGCUUAUCAUUCCUCAAUUCCAAAUAAGUCCCGAAUAGACAGCCACUGAUAGUCAACGGAAAGAGAAGAGGAGCACAUUUUCGGUUUGGCAUAGCAUACCUGAUUUGCCCAGUGAAGUGAUGAACAUGGGAUUUGUACCUGUGUAACCUGUGAAGGGCUGCGAUGCCAAGUCCAACACUUCAACUGCCAUCUCAUGGUUAGCACUACCUAUACCCGGCUUGAACUGGUAUAUGUAAAAGAGGAUGUGGUCUGCUAUAUGAUUGAGCUGCUGCUUCAAUGUAAAAAUGUUUUGAAAAAAGUGAAUUGAAGAAUAUUUCAUUUGUUUUUUGAGUCCAGACAUUUUAGUGGUUGAAAUAAUAUUUCUUUCGAACAUGAGCCAGUGUAUGUUUCAUAUUUACCUGUACCUAUUCAUCCAUUUGGAAAUGGCAGUCUAUAUGGUCAGCCCUUUUAACAAUAAUCUGUCUAUGGAUGCAUCUGUUUCAAAUUCUAAUCACAUCUUAUCAUGUGGACAGGUAUUAGUGAAAUCGUUUCGAAUGUAUACAUACUUGAAUACGGGUGGUUUAUAUGACCACGGA